GAACAGUAUGGCAUUACGAGGCGCAGCGCUCCUCCUGUUGGCUUCUGUCCUCUGUAGCUACGUGGCAGCUUUCACCGAUGAAGCACAGGACUGCUGUCUUUCCACCAAAGACAAGCGCAUUCCCCAUAAAGUAGUGGUAUCCUACAAAAUGCAGACUGUGGAGGAGGGCUGCCCAAUUCCAGCUACACUGUUCAUCACCAAAAAGGAGUUUCGACUGUGUGCUCCACUUCCUAGCGGGAACAACUGGGUGGCCCAACUCAUCAGCAGACUGUCCAAUGACCCAAAACACCCUCCUGUGAAAAAGUCAAAGUCUCAAAAGAAGAAGAAACGUGGAACCAGAAGUUAGGACCACUCUGCUGUCUCUUUUGCGC